GCCGCCCCGGUCGCGCCGCGGCGGGAGCGGCCGGCAGAGGCUGCGCGGCCGAGGGGGAGGGACGGAGGAGGGGACGUCGCCCCUGCCCGCCUCCCGCCGCCCUCCGGCUCGCAGGCUCCCGAGCCCCAGUCGGCGCCCAGCAUCCCGCUGCCCCGGACCCUCCCGCGGGCGCGCGCCAGGCUCAACUCAGGCUCAGGACUGCAAGAGGACAUCUCUUCUGCCCAGGAAUCAUUGAGGACAGCCUCCUUGGAAGGCCGGCCAUACCAGAGUUCUGCCUCGGCAUGGGCCUUGCCAUUGAGGCAGCCCCACUGUCUGUGCUGGUCUGAGGGUGCUGCCUGUCAUGGGGGCAGCCAUCUCUCAGGGGGCCCUCAUCGCUAUUGUCUGCAACGGCCUCGUAGGCUUCUUGCUGCUAUUGCUCUGGGUCAUUCUCUGCUGGGCCUGCCAUUCCCGCUCGGCCAACAUCGACUCCCUCUCCGAAUCCAGUCCCAACUCUAGCCCUGGCCCCUGUCCUGAGAAGGCGCCCCCGCCCCAGAAGCCCAGCCAUGAAGGCAGCUACCUGCUACAACCCUGAAGGCCGAGCCUGGAGCCUGGGACCUAAAGCCACUCCACUCAGAGCCUGGAAUCAGGAUCCCAGAGUCCAGCCAGCCUGAGGUUCAGAACUCAGAGUCCAGCCUGCCUGAAGCUACACCUGGCAACCCAGAAUCUAGCCAGCCUGGCUCGAAGAAGGGCUCAGGUGGCCCUAGGGAGAUGGGCCUGGGGUGGGAGUCUGUGAGUUGGUGCUAGGGCCAGGACCAUCUGGACUCUGCUCCAUCCCAAGGGCCAGGGGCUGGGUCCACCUUCUCCCUAGGCUAAGCGCCUCUAGGCUCUCUAGAUUGGGGAAGCAAACUGGAACCUAUGGCAAUAAUGGGAGGGUGUCCAGGCUGGGCCCCUCCCCUGGUCCUCCUACUGUUAGCUGGAUAAUAAAUGGAACUAUGGCUCUA